AUCAUCUAAAUACACAUAGUCCUAUAAAGAAUCGAAAGAGAUUCAGAAAACAACAAGAAAUUUCCUUCACAUUUAUCCAUGAUGCAUCCAAUGACGUCACAAUUAUAUUUUUGUAACUUAAUGCGUUUUCCUAGCUGAUCUCACUCAUGAAAAAUCGGAUGAACGAUUUUGUAUUCAUUUUUGAUCCUCUUUACCCAUUAUCUGGUUAUAUCCUUGAAUGAAGAGUUUUUCCCACACAGAAACGAAUGAAUUCCUUUAGAAAAUAUUUUUCCAACAAUUUUUUUUUAAUUUUAUUUAUUUAUUUAUUUGAUGGAGAGGGUGCACAUCAUCCCUAAUGAUUCCCCUAUUUAAAUUUUAAGUCUACCAAUAUUGUCUUUAUGUUUGAAAUUCAUCAUUUCAGACAACAUAGUUUCUUUUAAACACCUUUACAUUUUAAUAUUUUUGGUAUGAAUCUGUAUGUAGAUAUAUAUUCUGAAUUUUAUUACAUAGUUUCGUGUAAGAGGUGUUAAUAGCAUUCACCUAUGGUGUCAGGUGAGAAUUGAUUUGUGUGAAAAUUGUAAUAAAACUAUCCAAUGGUAUAUGAAAAAAAAAAUAACAUAAAAAUAUAAAAUACUUUGGGGAUAUUUAAAUGAAAAAAAAAUGGUCAUUAGAAUUUUUCUAUUAAAGCAUUCAAUUUCACGCAUAAUUUACAUGUUAAUGUGGUCACAAACACGAAAAAUAUUCUCAACUGUGGAAUUUUCUCUAACCCUUUGUACCUCAUUAAGGUAAAUUUCUCUAUUAGCGGGCGAAUAUUAAGUGUACAAAAUAUACUAAUCGAGCAAAUUUAAUGAACUUACCGGGGAAAAUAGAGUCCGUCUAUCUGAAAUUUUCUCGCUUUAGGCUCCUCAUCAUCCUCCGUAUUUAACAUUACGAAAUUUUUGCUGAGUUCUAAAAGUUUUUUAUCACUCGCAAAGUCUGUCUUUAGCUUCCGACAUGCUGGACAUCCGGUGGCAUGAAUAACCAUCAUUAGAGGUUUAUCUUCUUGUUUUGCUCGCGACAGACCCAUCUUAAAAUUGUCUGCCCAAUCAUAUCUUCUCCCAAAAUUUGUAUACCUCCUACACAGUGUUAAGCUAACAAGAGAAUAAGAAGAGAAGGAUGAUUAUUAGAUACGUCUUUUUUGCUAUUCUACACAUAAAAUGUUGAAAUCACAAAUUGCAUGGAGCUGGCAUUAUUUUCCAAAUUAUCCUCAUCAGCAACAUUUUCUGCGUUUCGCAUUGUUUAAAGAUAAUGUGUUUUGGAUUCAAUACAUUGCUUUUUUCUGAAUUUUAAUUGACAAAGAAAAUUUAACACGGUUAAUUUUAUUCACUUUUCACUCGCAAAAUUUUCAUUACAAUCGCAAUUUUUUUACGAUUCAGCCAAUUUACGCGUACACAUAACUAAUUUUUAAAGCAAAAUUUGUGGGUGGAAUGACAAUAGCUCUUUUGCUUGCUACUAAAUUCAUGUUCAGAAAAAUCUUACCUAAAAAAAUAAAGAAUAUUGCCUUUCUAUGGAUGAUCGGAGACACUUCCUGACGGCCUCUGUGGCGAAUUCCAUAUGCAAGUUGAAUUCUAGAAGCUCUUUGAGGCGGUUUCAGUACGUAUUAGAACAAAAUAGCGAGGGGUUACCAUCAUUUGAAAUUGUUACGUUGAAUUAAUAUAAAUUGGUUAUUUCAAUAUUUCUAAUUAAUUAAUUUUAAUUUUUUUAAUCGACUUCAGUAACAGUCAUACAGAAUAUUUUAGAUAUAGACAAUUAUGUUCUUAUAAGCAAUUCAUCAGCUAUUUAUGUGGAAGUUUAAAUGAACAUAUUGACGGAAGAAGGAAUUUUAAUAAAAAAAAGAAAUCUUGAAAACUUAAAAUAAAAAAAAAGUAUUUGGCCUAAUCGUCACCCCUUGUUUGUAAUCUCCCCAAUCGAUAUGAAGUAAAAUACCAAUAGAGCAGUAUAUGGCUUCAAUUAUGUGAUUUAUGACUAUGUGGUGGUGAAUUAAACGCCCACGUAAUUCAGCUAAAACCAUUAAUUUUUUAACUUAUUCCCUGUGAGGUUGGUUGAUUUUCGCUCACAAGUUAGUAGUUAUUUUCUUGUACCUAUUGUAAUAAAUAUUUUGGUUUUUAACAAAUUCUCUACAAUAUUCAUUUGACGAGUGUUGUUAAAGGGUUCAUUAUGAAAUUCUUUAGUUGGAGAAGUGAGAAAAGUGAAUCAAGAAGAAAAAUUCCCGCCAAAAAUGUGAAUGAAAGGUGCUCUGAAAAAAGAAAAAAACGAACACCCAGAAAAUCCAAGAAGAUUGUUUAUUCAGAAAAUCGUUACGCUGUUCAGGAAGUACCAAAAAAAUCUUCCUUUGCCAUUCAGGAUCAUUUCUACCAACCUGUUGGGCCUUUUCGUGAAAUAGACAAUAAACUCAUUCCAAGGGGCGGUUUUCAGGGCAAUCAUGGAGAAAUUCCAACCCAAAUACUACCAGGGAGAUUUCAACAGAAUAAUUUUAGUUACAAUCCGGAUCUUAGGGAAAUAUUUGGGAGAUUUACAGCAGAUUCACUCACGGGAUUUACAAAGGAUCCACGAAAGGCCGCCAAGAAGUCGAAGAAGCUUAGGAGAAAGGGCGAAAGGUCAUCCUGGGAAUAUCACACUGUGACUGUGACUCGAGUUCCAGGAUAUGGCUUUGGAAUUGCAGUAUCAGGCGGCAGAGAUAAUCCUCAUUUUGCAAAUGGAGACCCCUCAAUAGCCGUGAGUGAUGUUCUCAAAGGAGGACCAGCUGAAGAGAGACUCCAGGUUAAUGAUAGGAUAAUUUCAGUCAAUGGAGUGAGCCUUGAAAAUGUAGAAUAUGCUACGGCUGUCCAGGUGCUAAGAGAUAGCGGAAAUACAGUUACACUAGUUGUUAAGAGACGUGUAGCAAAUCUCAAUCUUCUGGGGUCACCAUCAAAUCACCAACAUUCGUUGAGUUUAAGUUCAACUGGUUUAACAGGACCAAAUUCGUCGUCUCAGCAAACAAUCAAGGUUUCUUUGUCGAAGAAUAGCAAAAAAGAAGAGUUUGGAAUAACACUAGGAUGCAGGCUAUUUAUAAAGGAAAUCUCCUCAAAGGCGCGCGAUCAAUUGGCAGCAAAUGGGUACCAUCUACAGGAAGGUGACACCGUAACGCGACUUCACAAUACCAACUGCAAUGAUUCAAUGAGCCUUAAGGAAGCGAAAAAAAUCAUAGAUGGAUGCAAGGAACGACUUAAUAUUGUUGUACUCCGUGAUGUUGCCAAUAAUGCUGCAACGAGUUCAGGGAUGCAGAGCCCUGCGUAUUCGCAUACGGCACAGAUUAGCAAUUGUAGCAAUAUUGAUGAAGCAUUCCUCCCUGGUGGUGCUUCAUAUUCAGCACAAAAUCUCUACGUGCAGCCACCAACGAGACCGGCAUUGGCUGCUUUGGCAGAUGAUAAGAGCAAUCUAACACCACGCGGACGAUCUCGAGGACCACUAAUGGAUGUAUCUCUGAGUCAACUAGAUCGCCCGAGUACUCCACCUUCGCACUCGAGAUCCAGAAGUGGUGUUGAGGAGCCCGUAAGACCACCACCACCGCGAGCUGAUGACUUCUACAGCUCCCGUAGGCAACUGUACGAGGAUGAUCCACUACAGCGGGCAAAACCAUCUGGAGAGCCGCGUUUUAUAUCCUUCCAAAAGGAAGGUUCCGUAGGGAUUCGUCUAACUGGUGGCAAUGAGGCGGGAAUAUUCGUAACAGCCGUUCAGCCUGGGAGUCCUGCGUCUUUGCAGGGCUUAACACCUGGAGAUAAAAUUCUCAAAGUUAACGAUAUGGACAUGCACGGAGUCACACGUGAGGAAGCUGUACUGUUCCUCCUUAGUCUACAAGAUCGGAUAGAUCUAAUAGUGCAACACUGCCGUGAGGAAUAUGACACAGUUGUGGCGAAUCAACGUGGAGAUUCUUUCCACAUUAAAACACAUUUUCACUGUGACACCCCAUCAAAAGGGGAGAUGUCUUUCCGUGCUGGGGAUGUCUUUCGGGUGAUUGAUACACUCCACAAUGGUGUUGUAGGAUCGUGGCAAGUACUACGAAUUGGUCGAGGGCACCAAGAGAUGCAACGAGGUGUGAUACCCAAUAAAUCGCGUGCCGAAGAACUUGCAACAGCACAAUUCAAUGCAUCUAAGAAGGAAAUGAAUGCCGCAGAAUCCCGCGGGAGUUUUUUCAAGCGUCGCCGAAGUACACACCGACGCUCCAAGUCUCUGUCUAGAGAAAAUUGGGAAGAUGUUGUCUUUUCCGAUUCAAUCUCCAAAUUUCCCGCCUAUGAGCGAGUUGUAUUGCGCCAUCCGGGUUUUGUGCGCCCGGUAUGCCUUUUUGGGCCAGUGGCUGAUAUUGCGCGCGAGCGCAUGAUUAAGGAUUUUCCAGAUAAAUUUACAGCCCCUCUUCAGAAUGAUAGCAACAAAGGGGGUGGCUCAACAAAGUGUGGCAUUGUACGACUAUCCAAUAUUCGAGACAUAAUGGAUCGUGGGAAGCACGCACUGCUCGAUAUUACCCCAAAUGCUGUUGAUCGACUCAACUAUGCCCAAUUCUAUCCCAUCGUUAUUUUCCUGAAAGCAGACUCGAAGCACACGAUCAAGCAACUACGCAGAGGACUACCCAAGUCUGCACAUAAAAGCUCCAAGAAACUCUUAGAGCAAUGUCAAAAAUUAGAGAAGGUCUGGGCUCAUGCUUUCAGCACUACAAUCCCACUUAAUGAUGCUGAAACGUGGUAUAGGAAACUACGAGAUGUGAUUGAUCAGCAACAGAGUGGAGCUGUAUGGAUGUCAGAAUCCAAGCCCGUUGAAUCCUUAUCCGAUGAUUUCCUUUUCCCAAUGACAACAUCCCGCCUCUCGUAUGCAUCGAGUCCUGAAUCCGAUUUAGAAUUGAGCCCAGGGCCAUCGACAUCACUAUCACUGGGCAAUUUGCCACAUCUCGUCAAAUCAAGCUCAGAUCCAUCGAUUGCCACUAACCAGGAUAAUUUGGAUAGGGAUAGAGAGAUGAAUUUGGGUGACGGCAUGCCACCGCCAUAUACGAAUCACUAUGAUCACGCCUCCCCAACAGCUAGAAGACCUACAAUGGAAUCAAAAUAUCCAUAUCCAUCGCAGAACAUGACUCAGGCGGGCCUAGAUAACAAUUUAACAUAUGCUACAGCCUCAAGGCUUCCUCCGCCCGUUCAGGGACAAAUCUACGGUGCAGCUCCAGAUUUACCACCACGUGUGGAUAGAGCAUCAAAACCACCGGGCAAUGUAGCAUCACCAGAGCGAACAGCUAAAAAUUCCAGUAUCCAUAGCAUUUCAACACUCAGCCGAUCAGCACAGGAAAGACUAUUUGCAACACCUAAAAAUGAUGGUGAUCCCGGGGAUGAAUAUGCAACCAGGAAUCAACUUCUUAAUGCUGUAGAUAAGAGACUUAAUGGGGGAAGCUCCCAACAGGCAUCGCUUGAGAGACAAACUGUACCACAUGGAGGGAAGAUCAAUAAUGGAUCGUACGAUAGUGUCUCAAGCUAUGAUUCCUACAAUACAGCUCAAAUGGCGGCUCAAAAUAUUCGUUUGGGACCUAAUGCUCCCGAUGAUCUCAAAUCAGUGCCCAAUGCAAAUGGGAGAACCCCCUCAACGCCUGGUACUGAGUACCAAAGGAACUCAGCACAUGAAUUCUCAAGAUCAACUGUUCACGAACUGAGCAGAAGUCUUUCGUCAGGUGCCAAUGAUCUCAAUAGGCAGAGUAGUCCUGCCCGUGGUGGCUUCCAUGGAGGUGAUCGCAAUAUACCCAGUGGCCAUGAUGCCAUGCGUGGAGAACGUGGCCCCAUUGGGGGAGUUUCUCUGCCUCAGCGUCCUACAAAUUUACCCCUCGAUGGAAGUCCACGAAAGUUGCCAUUUGAAACAAAGACAGACUACGGAAAGUACAGUCGCAAUAACUCCGCCACACAAGCUGACUACUCGAAAACAACGAAGACUGGACCUAUGGGUGGACAACCGCCCCCACCUGGAGUGCCUUUCAAACCAGUUCCACCACCAAAACCUAAAAAUUAUCGACCACCAAUACAAGGAGGUGGAUCCGGAGGGAAUCAAUGGGAAAAUGGGGAUUCAAUGAUGCAUCGUUCUCCGAAUGGAUAUGGAUUCUAUCCAACACCUUCGCAUUUUCACGGUCAGAAUCCCCCGACAUCGCCAAUGAAUUCGGGUCCGCCACCAAUUAACUAUGGUGCUCAGUAUCCAGGAUCGAGUGGACACUUCAACACACCCCAAUCGCCUUUUGGACCACGGGAGGGUAUGGGGAGCAAUGGUUUUGGCGGAAAUCAUCUCUACAAUGGUCAAUACAUGCAUAGAUCUCCUGGAUUCGGAAACCUCCCCCAUCAACCACCAGAGAGAAAUACAUUAGAUUUAGCUGGGAGUCGAGAACAACGGGGUUCGGCUUUUGAGUUGUAUAGAAAGCCCCAAAUAAGCACUGCGAGCCAUCAUCACAAUCUCAGAGAAUUAAUGGAUAACGCUUGGCAUCCACCCAGCACUGUGGAUUCAUUCGUGAAUGCCCUCAAUGAGCAGCACCUGUAUCAGCAGCAACGAGUCUAUAUGGCCACUAAUACACCACCACCACUUCCGCCGCCGGUUAAGCCAAAAAAGAAACUCUUAACCACCAUAAAAAAUGCCUUUCUCCGAACUACACGUCCCCUGAGGCGUCAAGUGAGUUCUGUGGCUGAUAGUGAGAAGAAAUCCUCGAGGAGUGUACGUAGGCAGCACUCAAUGAUGGAACCGAGAAUGUAUCAGAGACCACCGAUGGAAUGGAACCCCUAUUCCGUGGGUGCGUAUCAGGAAUUGCAAUAUGAGGCUCUGUACGAGAGGGCAAAGGAAUACCAUCCGGAUCCACUUUACGCCAAUAGGGCUCUAAUUGAUUUUGAACAGAGAAUGCCCCCGAGGGGUAUUCUUAGAAGGCACAGUUUUGCCGAUAGACCCGCAUCGGCAAUCCCCUUUCGUCGGAAUCGCUCACUUAUGAUGCGAAAGGAAGCACAAGAGAAUGAUGAUGAGGGUAUAUAUCAGAGUCGUGGUGGUUCAUAUAUGCUGGAACCCAAUCGGGGUUAUCCAACACGGCGAGAUUUGCACCGUGAUCACCUGUAUCAGAGCAAAAAGGAAAUGCAAGAAAGAAUCCAGCAAGGGCGAAUUGAAAUUGAAAGGGCAACAUCAGAGCCACCGAGUGAUUCAUCAUCAUCAGCUGCUGGCUCACAUAUGGGAUCACGUGAUCUCCGGGGAAAUAACUUUAGAACACGUUCACAGCUACGAGAUCAUAUCUAUCAGAGUCGUAGGGAAGCAAUGGAAUCCAUGGCGGAACCAAUUUAUGUUUCGAGAAAGGAAGAACGAUGCCAAAUGAUCCCGGAGGGCAUUGAUGAGCAGCAUGGAACUCAUCAAACAACAGUUUCUUUCGCUCAUCGUGAAGAAGCCGAAGGUGGGGAAUCCCUAUCGAAUGAGGAUGCAUCCCAUAGUACAGGUGGUUCAACUGUGGUGGCGGCAUUUGAUCUAAAUAACGAUACUGUGAUGGCUAUGAGUCCCCGUCCAGCACCACGAACAUCCCAUUUAUCCAGUAUUAUCAAAAGAACAGCAUCAGAGGCUAAAAAUCCACCGGCACAAUAUACCAGUCGUACGUCCAUUGAGACACAAUACACAUCCCAAGUUAGUCUCCCAUCGCUUCCAAGUACAAUUGGACCACCAAAUGCCUCAAGUACACCAUACGAUAGUACUGGUUCCCUGGGGGUUGCUGGUACUAAAGCGAGGCAACCGCAAACAACAAGGGGUAUCUUUGAUACAAAUGGGGGAACACUCGUGGAUCCGGUGUGGAAUGUUUCAUUGGAAAUUCCUAAGGGUGCCAUACCGCAGGGGAAACAACAAGAAAUCUACUUUACAGUCACGGACCCGAGAAUGAGUGAAUGCGUAGGUGGACCACCGUUGGACAUGGAAAAUGGUGAGACGAUGCUAUCGCCACUGGUGAUGUGUGGCCCCCAAGGGUUGGAAUUUCUCGUGCCUGUCACUCUCAACAUACCCCAUUGCGCCGGCCGUACAGCAUCUUUGGGAUUGGCCCUCAAAGCGACCGACAGCGAGAAGCAUCUCAACACAAAUUGGGACAACAUUGAUCUGCCCACAACAACAGCAGCUCACACAGUUUCCGUAAAAGUUGAUCAUUUCUAAAAAUUCCACAAUAUUAACAUAAAAUUUGUGAAGAGAGCCCCGCAUGUGCCUUCUCCAGCACAUUCACCAUGUAUUAUUUUUUUCUUAACGUAUUUUUUACUAUUAUACAUACAUACAUUAUAAAGAACAAAAUAUUUCUAUAAAAAGCUCUUCUUUAGAUGAUAAAAAAAGAGAAUAAUCUCGCAAUUAUGCGCGUUUUUUUUAGGUUUUACAACCAAAGUUUGACAUUUUUUUUUAGCUUUAGCGAUAAAUUAAAAAAUAUAUUUUCCAAUUUUUAUAGAUAGGUAGGUAGGUUACCUAUUUUAUCCUCCCCCCAUUUCAAUUUUAUUAUAUCAAUCAAAAUUUGAUACAUAAUGCGAAAAUUUCAUAAUUAUAGCUGAAAAGAGAAUAAAAUAAAUGCAUUUUUACUCUGA